CCUAAAUGACAUAUGGAGAAUCAAACCACAGUAUCUUACUUUUUGCUCCUGGAAUUCUCAAAAAAAUGGCAUCUGCAGCUUUUGCAUUUCUUCUUGUUCUUUGUGUUAUAUCUUGCAACUGUAACAGCAAAUCUUCUCAUUAUCUCUGCAGUAGCUUUUGACACUCAACUGCACAGCCCCAUGUACUUCUUUCUCAUGAAUUUGGCUUUGCAAGACCUGGGCAUUGUUUCAGUCAUUGUCCCCAAAUCCAUGAUCAAUUCUCUCAUGGAUAUCAGACACAUUUCUUACUUUGGAUGUGUUGCUCAAGUUUUUCUCUUUCUUUCCUUUGGAGCUUCUGAUUUCUUCCUUCUGACUGCCAUGGCAUAUGAUCGGUAUGUCGCCAUUUGCCAUCCAUUGCACUAUGAGACAGUGAUGAAUUGGAAAGCCUGCACUGAAAUAAUAAUUUUAGUGUGGAUUGUUGGACUUCUGUAUGGAAUGUUGCAUACCAUUGGCACCUUUUCCAUCCUUUUUUGUUCUAAUGUAGUCAAUCAAUUCUUCUGUGAAAGUCCAAAAUUGCUAAAAUUAUCCUGCUCUGGUUUAAAUCUACUUGAGGUUGGAAUUGUUAUGGCCAGUAUCAUUGGUGCACUAGGUUGUUUUAGUUUUAUUAUUGGAUCUUACACAGUGAUCUUUAAGGCAGUGUUAAGAAUCCCUUCUGAUCAAGGAAGACAAAAAGCCUUAUCCACAUGUAUCCCCCACCUUACAGUUGUCUCUAUGUUAUUUUUAAGUUCAUGUUUUGCCUAUGGGAGGCCUCCCCCUAACACACAAUCUUACUUAGAUUUUGGGUUGACUGCUCUAUAUUCCCUCCUUCCACCCUUGCUCAACCCAAUCAUCUAUAGCAUGCGAAAUAAAAAUAUCAAACAUGCUCUUUCCAAACUGUGGGGAUUUUGA